UUAUAAAUAUUUACCUGCGCCAUGCAGUCCACCGUGCAGUCCACUGCUAAUAACAGGCAGCCGGCGGGAGUUAUCAGUCUAUCACCGGGCGGACAGUUACGGACAUGGCGGGAAAUAGUGAUCAGAGCGGCGGAUUCGCGGCGGCGGCGGAGCAAGGGGAAGUUCUGCGGGUUGUGGUGCAACACUGCCGGGAGAUGAAGCGGCAGGAGACCUGCUCCCGCUGGAUCACCGCACUGCUGGCCCUCACCAUCUUCACCGGCUUCCUGUGGCUCCAGGCCUCCGCACACGGCACCAAGGAUGAUGCUGGCCGACAGCCAAUGACUGACACAGGUGUGGUCCAGGCACUGAACAGUGUAGAACCCACGCCUAUGCCUACGCCUAAGCAUCGACGAGGGAGAUUCAUACAUCUGCUGAGUGCAGAAUACUCAGACCAAAUCGUAACUUCUCAGAAUGAGGGCUCCUUUGCUGUUCGCUGGAAGAUCCCACAACUCCCAUCUGAUUUCAAACUUGAAGAAAAUGAGACGUGUCUUGUGAUCCCUAGAAAAGGCUUGUACCUUGUGAGUGUGAGGAUGUCGUACCGUGCACUUGAAACAAAGUGCCCCUGUGCGGACGGCGUUUGCUUUUUGAGUGUACUUCUGACAAUGUACCAAAAUAAGUACCCUCAAAUCACCAAUAUCGUAGUGGGCCACGAGACCAUGCGCUGUGUGAGCGGCUGGCGUCAGACUGUUAUUUUAAGCAGAGUGAUCAAGUUCGAAAAUUCCACUAAGCUCAGAGUGAAUAUUGAUAAUCAGAACCAUGAACUCAUCAGCUGGGAUAAUUACAACCACUUCGAGAUCACUCGUCUGUGACACGGUUCAGCUGACACCACAUCGUAACCAAACUGGUAUUACCGUGUAUUUAUUAAGAGUGCUGCGCAUUUGAUAGUAAAUUACGCAGAAUAAUAUAUAUAAGUAUAUAUAUAUAUAUAUAAAAAAAGUAAAUCAUGCCUAAUAUUUCGCUUUACUUACUGUAAUGCCUGCUGUUUUAUUUGUAACAUUGUAACAUUUUAUUUUUGUAACAUUGGCUUUUGCUUUUUCUUUUUGCUUGUUUGAUUUGGUCAAUGAUGUUCUUCUGAACUACACUGUCCAUGUUGUUAUUAAAUAACAUGAUUGCCUGUAUACUAAGUAUCCAUAAGGAAUAAAUAAGUUUACUAUGGUAAAGAAGGGCUUUUCAGUCUUUAGUGAUUAGUAGAUUAGCCCUUACUUUGACAAAGGGCUACUGACACGUUUUAUGUUAAAACUGGUUUUGUGCUUACAUUUCAUUGUUAGAAAGUGGUGAAAUGGACUUAUUUUGUCUUUUGAAAUAAAAAUCUGAAUUUAAUGUA